AAGACACGUGACCGUCGAAGUCUAAUUACCGUCAGGUGACUCUAGACAUACCCUCUCAAUCGAAUACCUUUCUGAAUUCUUCACAUACCGGAAGUGUACCUGUAAGCGAACACAUUCUAACGGUUGUAUUUCAAAAUGUACAAGUCAGACAACCAGUUGUGCCUAGGUAUCAAAUUUCUUAGCAGACCUUAAGGUCCCCGUAACUAACAUGUGAAAACCUCAGAUCAGACCCCCACCCCUACUCCCUCGGCUUGAGGCAACGGCCUCGAUGGAUGUUGGCGGUAUUGCAUUUCCGAUUUGGUAGCGACAAGUACGGUCGACUUUAUUGAUGAAUAAUCAGGUCAUAAAUACAGAAGCAUAGUACAGAUACAGUUUACAAAUACAAUAAUGAAAAACAUAUAAUACAAAAAAGUAAUAACAAUAAGAUUAAAGUACAGUGGAUAACAAUCAUGUUAUCUAUCAUGUCACAGUCAAAAAAAGAAAGAGAUAGGAUACAAAUUAGAGCAGAGACGUUUGAAAACAGUGCCUUAUAAUAUUGAAUAGUAUAUAAAGCUUUCUUAUUUCGUAGCAGAUUAAGAGAUUCUAUCAAGAGAUUAAAGUCUAUAAAAAAUACUGUUAAGCACGGUUGAGAAUUUGGCUUUUUCUUUGUGUCAUUCAGCACAAGUAAGUUUGAGUUCAUGACGUCAUACAUUUUCCAUCUGACAUUCACACCCACAUUCACUUGUGAUACUGGAUGAGUUAAUUCAUUAUCACUUGUUAUAGGCUAUGUCUGCUGUAUGUGGUGUGUGUAGUGUGUGGUGUGUAUGUAUGUGGGUGUGUGUGUGUGUGGUGUGUAAGGUUGGGGCUAAUCCAACAUAUGUUUUUUCUCCCACUAAGACACUUCGGUCCAAAACUGCACUUUCCCUUCAAGAAGAACUGGCACACACCCGCUCCCUCCUCCUCCUGGGGUCUCCACUCUGCACAUCAACAACAUGAGAAGAAGAAUGAGCGGAACAGGAGGGAAAGAUUAUGAGAAGACUGACAGGAGGAACAGAAUGUGUUUGGGUUCUCACGUGUGUGACCAACCUGGAUGCAUAUAAAAACAGGAACUGAACACGGAGAGUGACAACACUCUACUACCCUUCAGGAUGAAGAUAGAUACUGUGGUUCUGCUGCUCUGUCUGUCUGUGACACGGGCCCAGGGAGACCGCACAGGGGGCCCAGAGAACGACACCAAGAACAGUCUGGGUGAACCACAAACAGGAGGCAGCGUGAGCAAUGGUGCCAUCCUGACUGAACUGAGGGCUCUGAGAGACAUGGUGGUGGAACAGAGGGUUGAGCUGAGAGUCACCCAGACUCAGUUACAGUUCUACAAGGACCAGCUAUCGGACUACAAGGACCAGCUGUCAGUCACCCAGAGUCACGUGGAAGAGAUGAGAAAAGACAACGCAGCCCAGGCUGCAGAUCUUGUCACCCUGAAGGCCAGGCUGGCGGCCAGUGAAGGAGAGGUCAACGAUCUACACACAGAGAACUCAGCCCUGGAAGUCAGAGUAAGUCUCAGUGAACACCACGUGGAAGAACUGAAGGCAGAGAAUGAGGCCCAGGUUGCAGAUCUUGUCACCCUGAAGGCCAGGCUGGCAGCCAGUGAAGGAGAGGUCAAAGAUCUACACACAGAGAACUCAGCCCUGGAAGCUAGACUAAGUCUCAGUGAACACCACGUGGAAGAACUGAAGGCAGAGAAUGAGGGCAGACCAAAGGUGGCAUUCUCCGUGGGUCUAACUGAUUCAGGAGAUGCUGGGCCCUUCAACACUGACACAUCACUGGUCUAUAGCAAAGUCUUCACCAACAUAGGCAACGCCUACAGCCCAGUAACAGGUAUGUUCACAGCACCAGUGAGAGGAGUGUACUACUUCAGGUUUACUGCCAGUGACUACCGUAGUUCUGGAAGACUGGGAGUUCAAAUGUACAAGAACGACGUCCAUAUCAUGUUCAAUUAUGUCUCCUACAACGACAAUCAACGGAAAUAUGUGGGAAAUGCUGUUACUCUAGAGCUGGAGCAGGGAGAUAUGAUUAUGAUGCGUCUUCCAUCAGGUUACAGCCUGAAUGAUCAUUCUAAUAAUCUCAACACCUUCAGUGGUUUCCUUCUCUUCCCCAUGUAAAACACUGCCCAGGCUCAAGUUUAAUAAAGCUGAUAUUCCUCCCUUGCCCCCGGUAUUAGUUCAAGAGUGAAGAUAAGACUGGUGGAGAGAUGAUAUGGUGAUAAAUUUGUGGGCUGUCAGCAUUGUUGACAUGUUUAUCUGGAGCAAAGACGAAGAUUUAUAAAUGAUGUCUGAUAAACACAA